CUCUUACUUUGAAGGGAUGAGCUAACGUCCGCUCUAGCCGCAGCCCUCUUCCUGUUAGCUAACACAGAGCUCUCCUCUCACACCACAUUUAGCUACUUAUCUCUUGUUAUAUUUACGCAGUCUAUAGUUCUUCACCGACCAAACACGAAGAUGGCAGAGGCCGUUCAAAAGAAACUGAAAGCGGAAGUAGAGAAAUACACCCAGAUGCAGAAAGAUGUUAGCAGGAGCAUGACAUCCAGACAGAAGCUGGAGACUCAGCUAACAGAGAACAACAUUGUCAAAGAGGAGCUUGACCUGCUGGACAGCACAAACACAGUGUAUAAGCUUAUUGGCCCUGUAUUAGUGAAGCAAGACCUGGAUGAGGCCAAAGCCACAGUGACGAAAAGGCUGGAGUACAUCAACGGAGAGAUUCAAAGGUAUGAGACGCUCCUGAAAGACUUGGAAAAGAAAUCUGAAGCGCAUCGAGAAGUCUUGUCCAGUUUACAGCAGGAGUAUCAGAGAGCCCAGGGCCUGGCUGUAGGAAAAGCCUGACCAUGUGAUCCAACCACAUACAAACACACACACAGAUAGAGGUAGUCAUGAUAACAUGUAAACCUUCAACAUAAAUCAAUUCUGCUUGUGUCAUUCAUUUGUUAUUACAUUGACUUUUCCCUUGUUGCUAAUAAACCUGUUUUUCACGAAAGGUCAAACAUU